AUGAAGUGCUGUCUGUAUAUUAUAUUAUCCUCCUGCUGUUUGCUGACCAAAACACUGGCAUCCGAAUCGAAUGUGGGCUUGGCCCGGGCUCUGGCCCAAGUGGUGGUCAACUCGGAGAUGGGUCGCUUCAAGACCUUGUACAUCUACACCCAGAGGAGUUCCGCCUCGACUGGUGGCCACCUGGAGGAGCUGCUCGACCAGCUGCUGAUGGCUCUGCCCCCCACUCUGCAGGCACGCCGCCUGUUCCUCCAGCAGUCGAUGGAGUACAAGCCCUAUGUGCAUGCUGUCCUGGCCUUGGUCGAUGAUCUGCCGGCUCUCUCGGCCAUCUACGGACGCAUUCGAGCCACCCAGGAUUUGUCGUACACCCUGAUAUACAUGUCCCUGCCCACGGAGGCGUAUGGCGAGGAGAUUCAGGCGGUCCUCCGCCUGCUGUGGCGCCUCAGUGUGCUGAAUGUGGGCGUGGUACUGCGUCCACCUGGGGGUCAGCUCCUCAUGGUCAGCUACUUCCCCUUCAGUGCGGCCCAUGGCUGCCAGGUGAUCUCGGCCAGUGUGGUGAAUCGCUAUCAAGUGGAGCAAGGACAAUGGGCUAGCCAGGACUACUUUCCCCCCAAGCUGGGCAACUUCUAUGGCUGUCGACUGACUUGCGCCACCUGGGAGGAUAUGCCCUACUUGGUGUGGCGGCGCGACGGAAGCGAAUCCUUUGUGGGCAUCGAGGGUGCCCUGCUGCAGUUCAUGGCCGACAAUCUGAACUUCAGCGUGGGUCUCUACUGGAUGAACAAGGAGGAGGUGCUGGCCACCUUCGACGAGUCGGGCUGGAUUUUCGAUGAGAUCUUUGGCCACCAUGCGGACUUCUCCCUGGGCGGCUUCCACUUCAAGCCCAGUGCCGGCAGCGAGAUUCCCUACUCCCAGUCCACCUACUACUUCAUGAGCCACAUCAUGCUGGUGACCAACCUCCAGAGUGCCUACUCCGCCUACGAGAAGCUGGCCUUCCCCUUCAGUCCGUUCCUGUGGCGCGUCAUUGGCCUGGUCCUGCUCCUGUCCUGCCUGCUCCUCUUCCUGGUGGACCGUUGGUGGCCUGGUCAUGAGUUCAGGCAUCCCAGGCAUGCGUACUACGAGCUCUUCGUUCUGACAAUGGGUGGCAAUCUGGAGGAUGGCUCUGUGCCACGUGGUAUUUCGGGGCGUUUGGUGUUGCUCACCUGGAUGUUUGGCACCCUGGUCCUGAGGAGUGGCUACCAGUCGGGCAUGUACCAGCUGCUGCGGCAGGACACGCAGAGGAAUCCGCCGCAAACCAUUGCCGAGGUGCUGGCCCAGCGUUUCACCAUCCAGUUGGCGGAGGUGAAUGAGGCCAGGAUUAUGGCCAGUUUGCCGGAGCUGCGACCCGAGCAGCUGGUACACCUGGAGGGCAGUGAGCUGCAAUCCUUUCCAGCGCUGGCCCAGCAAAGUGGCUCCUCCGCCCGGGUGGCCAUCCUCACGCCCUACGAGUACUUCGGCUACUUCCGGAAGGUGCAUCCGAUGAGCAGGCGACUGCACCUGGUGCGGGAACGCAUCUACACCCAGCAGCUGGCCUUCUAUGUGAGGCGUCACUCGCAUCUGGUGGGCGUGCUGAACAAGCAGAUCCAGCAUGCCCAUUCCCAUGGCUUCCUGGAGCACUGGACGCGCCAGUAUGUGAGUGCCGUGGACGAGGCGGACGAGAGUGUGGCCAGGAUAGCCUCCACCUCGUACAGCACGCUGGACGGGAUCGAUGGCGAUCCGCGGCUGUCGGAGGCCGAGGAGCAGCAGGUGGCGCCCGUCCGCCAGAACGUGCUCUCCAUGCGGGAACUGGCCGCCCUCUUUUGGCUCAUCCUCUGGGCGAAUCUGGGAGCGGUGGUGUUCUUUCUCAUGGAGUUGCUGCUGCCCAGGAUGAAACUCAGAUCCGAAAUCCAAAAAAACAUGAGAUACCUCCUUGAAAAACAAAUGAAAAAAUGGGUCAAAAAAUAA